AUGGUCCGCGUCCCCCGCGCGGCCCUCGAGGACGUGUCGGAGAUGCAGCUCUGGGAGGGCCUGCUCGUCGCCGCCAUGGCCAUCGCCUUCUGCCACUUCGCGUUCCAGGCCAUCCGGCCCGCGCCGCCGGCGAAGGACGACGGGGCCGUCGAGCGCGACCGGAAGCGGGCGCUGGCGGACACGGUCGUGCGCAGCGGCCCCUGGGAGCUGCUCGAGAAGGCGCGGCCCGGCGAGACCUUCAGCUCCCUGCGGAUCGACGACGGCCUCCACGCGUUCUGGGUCGCGCGCGGCGGUGGCGAGGCCGUCGUGCGCCGCCGCGUGCUCCGGGGCUGCCUCGAGGGCCGCGUCGGCGACGAGCCGCUCAGCGGGCGCGGCGUCGCGGGCUACGCGCCCCUCGACGGCGGCGUCGCCCUCUUCGACGGCUCCGGCGCGGCGUGCCUGACGAUCCCGGAGAACGAGGUCACGGGACCGGAGAUCGUCCGCGUCCACGAACCCCCCCCUAACUCCCCCCACGUCGCCGGCGCGCCGGCGCUCGACGUGAGCCGCGCGACGCGGAGCCACUGCGGCGGCUUCAUGCACGCGGCGCUCGUCGCACCGCGCGGGUCGGCGGUCGUCGCCGUGGACCUGACGUCAGGGAAAGAGGCCACGGUCUACGCGGGCGACGAGCCUGUGGCCGCCGCGGCCGUGUCGGAGGACGGGACGGGCCUCGUGCUCUUCGUCGGCGACCGCGUGCUCUGCGCGGCGCUGGACGCCGACCGCAGGGCGACGGGGGACGCCGCGGAGCUGCUGCGCGCGGACGCGCCGCUCGUCGGAGCGCCGGUGUUCCGCGGCGGCCGCGUCUUCGUCGCCACGGCGCGGGGCGUCCACGACCUCGCCUGGGACGGCCGGGGCGCCGGCGCGCUCCGCUACGCGGCGCCCGCCGGCGACACCGUCGCCGCCUUCGCCCUCGCCGCAAACGGCGCGCUCUUCGUCGCGGCGGGCGCGAAAACGGUCCACCCGCUCCCCGAGCCCGCGCCGGCCGCCGUGCGCGAGCUCGCCGUCAGCCCCGGCGGCGACCUCUACUGCCUCGCCGACCACGGCUGCCUCUUCAAGUACGCCGAGGCCGCGACGAAGUAA